UUUUGGUCGAUGUGUCAAUUCGCGGCGCAGCUGAUUGUUUUCUGUUUUUCUUGCGCUCUCGGAGAUCGAUAAUUCUCGGAUUAUUUUUCCGUCUGGUCGUGCAUACGUGCAACAAUGGAACCCAGUGUGGAUGAUUUGCUGUCCUUCAAGGAGUUUCCUCUGAUAUCGGAAGGUAAUGCCAAUAGUGCCCAGCUGAACAUAGAUUCGCCGAAGAAAACUUCCCCAAACCGGGAAAUCCCAUCCGAUGAAGAAAACAGUACUACGCCAAAGGGCUCAUCGUUUUUGAGCUUCGAGUACUACCAAAGGUUCUUCGAUGUUGAUACUAUGACGGUAGUGGAUCGCAUAGCCACUUCGAUUAUUCCCAAGAGGGCCCCCACAGAUUAUCUGAAACUCAACAUUGGAACUAAUCCGGAUUUGUACGGUCCGAUAUGGAUUGUGAUCACGUUGAUAUUUACUAUUGCUAUUUCUGGAAAUAUGGCGAGCUAUUUGCAGAACACGGGGAACCAUCACUGGCGGUACAAUUUCCAUCUGGUGUCAGUAUCCGCAACAGUGAUCAUUCUCUACACGAGCUUGGUGCCGUUUGCUUUGUGGGCUCUAUUGAGAUGGAGUGUCCGUACCGAUGACCUGGAUAUAGAAGAACCUACCUACACACCCAGUCUCCUGUCACUGGUAUGUGUUUAUGGUUAUUCAAUGGCCAUUUACGUACCUGCUUCCAUUCUGUGGACUAUACAGGUAACCCUGUUUCAGUGGCUGCUGGUAGCGACGGCGACAUUCUUGUCUGGAUUUGCGCUACUUUGGGUUUUGAUGCCGGCGAUAAAAACAUCUAGGUUUUCCAUUUUUAUCACACCCGCUAUUGCGUUAGUGCACUUUAUCCUAGCCACCGGAUUUAUGCUCUACUUUUUUCACCCAUCCGAAUCGGUCGAUACUGGUAAGGUUGAAGCGCUAAAGACAACGAUCGGAGCUGUGAUAACCGCAUCCAAAAAUGCCACGCAAUAGAAGAUGGGAUUGGGUUUAUGAUUGUGAUAAGUGUAACAAUAUAAAUAUAAAUAUAAAAGUUGAAAAUGAUA